AUGGGUACAGAAUAUACUACCUCCACGACCGCUGGCUCUACCCCUGUUUCGUGUCGGUCGACGGUUUCCGGGCUGAUUAAUUCUGUCGUCCGGCUAUUCGGUCCUCGCGGCUUUCCUGGGAAAAGUCCUGGUGCCAAAACUGUCGCUGAUUAUUUAACUUCGGGAGAGGACCAUUGUUACGAUGAUCUUAGUUUGAGCAAAUUUUCCUUUCCCUUUCUUUUACCUUUCCCUCCCUCAUCUCGCCAUCUUUGUGCUCAAAUCUAUCCGGUUGUUCCCGUGACCUUCACAAACCUCACUUUUUUAACAACUACCAGACCUGGAGCUGCCAUUUGUGCCUGGUCCCCUCUUCUGAGCCUUGCUCAUCUUGCUGUGACCUGGGCCCGACACGACACCUACUUCUGUUUGUGUCCGAUCUUGUCAGCUUUUACUUGGUCGGUUGGGAUCUCGCCUGCUUUGUCGCAGUGUGUGCGUCACACGACUGUUGCUUCACUAGAGAUUGUCCGGACUCACGUCCGGGCACUGGAACCUCUCCUUCCUCCGAGCUUCCAUAUUAUUCCGCUCGACGUCAAGUUCCGGACAAUCAGCGAACUUUAA